UCUCUAAUGCAAUUGGCAGACUCGAGCCACCUAGUAGCUCCCGUCCCAACUCUUUGCAGCAACAUGACUGCAAGGGCCGCUUAUCUAGCUUCAUUUCUCAUCGUCACCAGCUUCCUCCCCACCAGCAGCAGCCAUUCCCAUGUGCCUGCUGUAACUGAUGCCUUAGACAUUGUGUCAAAGAUCAGCACGGAGCACGACGCAACCAUCAAGGCAUCCAUGGACUUUGGCCACAUUGUGAGAGCUAUCCCAAGCGGGGUAUUCCAUCCGACCUCACCCAGCGACAUUGCCGCCCUAAUCCGGCUCUCACUCUCCCAGCCAAAGCCCUUCGCAGUGGCGCCACGCGGCCGAGGCCACUCCGCUCGAGGGCAGGCCCUCGCCGUCGGCGGGGUCGUCGUCGACAUGCGCUCGCUCCACGACCACGACCACGACCACCGUGCUGGUCAUGGUCGCUACCGCAUGAAUAAUGCAGUCCCAGGAGCAUGGGUGGACGUCGGCGGCGAGCAGCUGUGGAUCGACGUCCUCCACGCUACGCUGGAGCACGACCUCGCGCCCCGCGUCUGGACAGACUACCUCCACAUCACCGUCGGCGGCACGCUCUCCAAUGGCGGCAUCGGCGGGCAGGCGUUCCGGCACGGGCCGCAGAUCUCCAACGUGCACGAGCUUGACGUGGUAACAGGCACGGGUGAAAUGGUCAGCUGUUCUCCGGGCAAGAACUCGGACCUGUUCUACGCAGCAUUGGGUGGGCUGGGUCAGUUUGGGGUCAUAACCCGGGCUCGGAUCGCGCUUGAACCCGCUCCCAGACGGGUCCUUUGGGUCCGACUCGCCUACUCAGACGUACGAUCCUUUACCAGUGACCAGGAGCUGCUCAUAUCCAAACGGCCUGCAGGCGGAUGCGGAUCCGGUUUCGACUACGUUGAGGGCCAAGUCCAGCUGAACCGGACCCUGACCGAGGGCCGAAGAUCGUCUUCCUUCUUCUCAGCCCCAGAACUCGACCAGCUUGCCAGGCUCGCCGUUGCGACCGGGUCUGCGGCAAUCUACUACAUCGAGGGUGCAAUGUACUACGAUGACGAUACUACUACUGCCUCCUCUGUGAAUCAGAAACUCGAGACGCUACUGGAAGAGCUGAGCUUCGUCCCGGGGCUUGCAUUCGUCAGAGACGUUUCCUACGUGGAUUUCCUUGACCGGGUCGGCCGCGACGAGCAGAAGCUGCGGUCGGCCGGCGUCUGGGACGUGCCGCAUCCAUGGCUCAACAUCUUCGUCCCGCGGUCGCGCAUCCUGGACUUCGACGCCGGCGUGUUCAAGGGCAUCCUCAAGGGCACCAGGCCCGUGGGGCUCAUCCUCAUGUACCCCAUGAACAAGGAUCGGUGGGACGACAGGAUGACGACGGCCACGCCGGACGAGGACGUGUUCUACGCCGUCGGGCUGCUGCGGUCCGCGGUGGCCGCCGCCGACCUGGAGCAGCUCGAGAGGGAGAACGCGGCCGUUCUCGAGUUCUGCCACCGGGAGGGCAUAGGCUACAGGCAGUACCUGCCGAGCCACGCGUCGCUGGACGGCUGGAGGCGGCAUUUCGGCGAGAAAUGGAGCAGGUUCGCCGCGCUGAAGCGCAAGUACGACCCGAGGGCGAUUCUGACGCCUGGCCAGGGGAUCUUCUUCUCCGCCGGCCACGACUUGACCGACCAGCAAACGGGCUCUGAUUCUCGAAAUGUUCUUUAAAACAGAUUGAUUGAGAACGGGCCAUAUACUAUAGAAAUGAGCUCUUAGUAUUCCUACGUUUGGUUAAUUGCUAAGCUUGGCCUGCAUGCACGCUGUGUGAAGCAAUCAGGGACGAUGGGUCGGAGGUGCUUGCACGUACGGGAGUGCGAGUUCAGAGAAUCAGAAAUUUGGAUUUGGUUUAUUCUUUUUCUAGCCAUAGGAAGUUUGUGCGCGUGGUGAUGCUGAUCUGUAGAAGCGUCCUAGUUUGAUUUGUGAUAUGGGUUAUUCUUUAGUUGCUUCUUCGUUUACUUUUAGGAUCGGUUUCUGACCUUCUUGUGUACAUGCAUAUCUCCUGGGAACAUGUAAGCAACGCAGUACCACACCAAGUCAGAACGUCAGCUACUUUGCU